UAGGGGCUACCAGUUUUCUCACUAGCUAGCCCAACAACUUCCAUUCUACAUUGCCCAACCAACUUGAUAGCAGUCACCUCCUCCUCUCUCCAUUUUCUUUCUUGCUCUCUCUCUCUCUCUGUCUCUCCAUCCUGGAUGUCAAACUGUACGGUGGAGUCCUGCACAGUUGAGACCAGCGAUGUAGUCAAGCUCAGCACUCGGCUCUUCAAACCCAGAGAAGAAGAAGACAUCAAGGAGGGCAGCCCUGCGGUGGUUCUGGUGCACCCAUACUCCGUCCUUGGCGGCUGCCAAGGCCUGUUGAGAGGAAUAGCAGCUGGGUUGGCAGACAGAGGUUAUAAAGCUUUGACCUUUGACAUGAGAGGGGUUGGGAGGUCAACAGGGAGGGCUUCUCUCACUGGGUUUGCAGAAAUUAAGGAUGUGAUUUCUGUGUGCAAAUGGGUUUGUGAGAAUCUAUCUGCUGACAGGAUUUUGUUGGUGGGUUCUUCUGCAGGCUCCGCAGUAGAUCAGAUAGAACAAGUUGUGGGCUAUGUUAGUCUGGGGUAUCCUUUCGGCAUGCUUGCCUCAAUCCUUUUCGGGAGACACCACAAAGCCGUACUACAAUCCUCAAAACCCAAACUCUUCGUAAUGGGGACUCAGGAUGGGUUCACGAGCGUGAAGCAGUUACAGAACAAGCUAAGUUCUGCAGCCGGUCGUGUUGAAACGCACCUGAUUGAAGGAGCAAGCCACUUCCAAAUGGAAGGCCCUGCUUAUGAUGCACAGAUGGUGAAUCUUAUCCUUGAAUUUAUUGCUUCAUUGUAGAUGAUCAACCAUCCGUAAUGGAGUUGUUCCUUUCAGAACUGAUCGGAUCUUUCCACGCCGUAGUGUGUAUACGCUAACUUGUUACCGUGUGUAAUUUGCAGGAGCUUAGUUGGUUUCCUA